AUGGAAAUUAGGGGAGAAGAAGAGAUUGAAGACAUUCCAAUGUCACCCCCAACAUUGGGGUCUAUGCAGAUUGCAGGGAGCAGUGGCUUUGGUCACAACCUAGAGUUCAUGUCCCAAGCUUACCUCAGAAAUAGGUACACGGAGAUCGAUAUUGUAGAAGACAAGACUUCUAAUGCCAACAGAGAUGGCCCUCUUCCGAUUUUUCUUAAGUUUGAAGAUGUGGAGUUUAAGGUGAGAAACAGCAAAGCUUCGAGCAACACAGUGAAGGCAAUGGUGUCGAAAGUAGCGUCGCAGCUUAACAUGGAACAUAACUACAAGCAGAUAUUGAAGGGGAUAACAGGAAGCGUAGGGCCAGGGGAAAUUCUUGCUCUGAUGGGUCCUUCUGGCAGUGGGAAAACUACUUUGUUGAAAGUGAUAGGAGGAAGAUUACUAGACAAUGUCAAGGGAAAAGUAACUUACAACGAUAUCCAAUAUAAUCCAGCUCUGAAAAGGAGGAUUGGAUUUGUGACACAAGAUGAUGUGCUGUUCCCACAAUUGACAGUAGAAGAAACCUUAGUUUUCGCUGCAUUUUUACGGCUUCCAAGCACCAUGACCCGACAAGAAAAAUAUGCGAGGGUGGAGAUGAUUGUAAAGGAGCUUGGUCUUGAAAGAUGUCGUCACACGAGAGUAGGUGGAGGAUUUAUCAAAGGCAUAUCAGGAGGAGAAAGGAAAAGAACCAGCAUAGGUUAUGAAGUUCUUGUUGAUCCUUCAUUGUUGUUGCUUGAUGAACCGACUUCCGGCCUUGAUUCGACCUCAGCAAAUAGACUUCUUCUGGUUCUUCAAGGACUUGCAAAGGGUGGAAGGACAAUAAUCACAACAAUCCACCAGCCAUCUAGCAGAAUGUUUCACACAUUUGACAAACUUUUGCUAAUAUCAGAAGGCUACCCUGUGUACUAUGGAAUGGCAGGAGAGUCUUUGGAGUAUUUUUCGUCUCUGAGAUUCAUCCCGGAAAUUCCCAUGAAUCCUGCAGAGUUCUUAAUUGAUUUAGCCACUGGACAAGUUAAUGGCAUCAGUGUUCCUGAAGAUCUCUUGGUGCCUCAAGAGCAAGGGACUCUUGACUCUGAAAAGGCUGUUGUCAAGUACCUACAACUCAAGUACAAAGCACUGCUGGAGACGAAAGAAAAGGAAGAGAAUCAUCGAGCAACGAAAACACCCGAACAUCUACGAGUGGCUAUUCAGGCGAAGAAAGAUUGGACAAUCACUUGGUGGGAACAGUUCACCAUAUUGUUCAAGAGAACAUAUAGAGAGAGGUGCAGGGAUUACUUUGAUAAGCUAAGGCUAAUUCAAGCUGUCGGAGUUGCAAUCUUAUUAGGUCUUCUUUGGUGGAAAUCGAAUACUGACACCGAGGCUCAACUCCGAGAUCAGGUUGGCUUACUGUUUUACAUCUGCAUUUUCUGGACGUCUUCAUCAAUUUUCGGGGCAGUAUAUGUGUUUCCGUUCGAAAAGGUCUUCUUGGUGAAAGAAAGGAAAGCAGACAUGUAUAGAUUGAGUGUGUACUAUGUUUGCAGCACUUUGUGUGACAUGACGGCACAUGUGUUGUAUCCAACAUUUUUCAUGACCAUUGUGUAUUUCAUGGCCGGCUUUAUACGAACAGUUCCUUGUUUCUUCUACACAUUGUUUGCCAUAUUGUUGGUAGCUGUCACAAGCCAAGGGGCAGGAGAACUGUUUGGAUCUCUAGUUUUGAGUAUUAGAAGAGCUGGAAUGGUUGCCUCUCUGGUGCUAAUGAUGUUUCUACUCACAGGAGGCUACUAUGUGCAGCAUAUACCGAAAUUUAUCCAAUGGUUGAAGUACUUGUCGUUUAUGUACUACGGGUUCCGGCUGCUGCUGAAAGUGCAGUAUUCUGGAGACAAGUUCUAUGAGUGUGAAAGCAAAGGAGGGUGUAGGAAGCUGCAGAGCUCUCCUUCAUUUGACACGGUGAACUUGGAUGGUGACAUGAAUGAAGUCUGGAUUUUGCUGGCCAUGGCAAUAGGUUACAGAAUUUGUGCCUACUUUUGCCUUCGUAGAAGAAUUAGCAUAAGCAAUAUGUAACAGUGUAAA